AUGUUCACUCUCAAGUCUUUCGUCAUGGCCUAUGGCCUCGCGGCUGUCGCUGACGCCCACAUGCUCCUGCGUCUGCCUGCCCCUUACACCAGCCCCGCCAUCCAGAGCAGCCCGCUCGCCGCCGAUGGCAGCAACUUCCCGUGCCAGAGCACUGGCGGCCCGUUCCAGGGUACCCCGACCAAGAUGGCUAAGGGCUCCAAGCAGCAGCUCGGCUUCACCGGCUCGGCCGUCCACGGUGGUGGCUCGUGCCAGGUCUCCAUCACCUACGACAAGAACCCCACCAAGGACAGCUCCUUCAAGGUCAUCCACUCCAUCAUCGGCGGCUGCCCCGCCCGCAACACCGCCGGCAACCUGCCCCCCAACCCUGACGGUGCCGCCCCGGACACCUACGACUUCACCAUCCCCGACGACAUCCCCAGCGGCGAGGCCACCCUCGCCUGGUCGUGGGUCAACAAGAUCGGUAACCGUGAGUUCUACAUGAACUGCGCCCCUGUCACCAUCGACGGCGAGGGUGGCUCCGAGUCUGCUCUCGCUGCCCUCCCGGACAUGUUUGUCGCCAACAUCGCUUCCCAGGGUACCUGCGCUACCAAGGAGGGUGUCGACACCGAGUACCCCAACCCGGGCAAGUCGGUCGAGAAAGCGCCUGGCGCUGCUCUCGGGCCCCCGGUUGGCGAGUGCGGUGCUUCCAGCGGCGGCGGCUCCGGUGGCUCGGCCACUGCCAGCGCUUCGCCCGCCGGUACCCCCGCUGCCCGCUUCCGUCGCGCUCCCCUCGUUGUGUAA